AUGUAUGACUCACGGAUCAAGAACAAGAGAACUACAAGAAGGUCAUGUCUCUUCUGUCGUAGAUCACAUGUGAACUGUGACGAUCAAAGGCCAUGUGCACGCUGUAUCAAGCGUAAUAUUGCACAUUUAUGUUCAGAUAUCGUCGAUUCAGAUACUUCGUCAACAACAUCAACUCCUACAGCAUCCGUUACUACGGCAAGUGUUGUAGGUACGAAUGAUAUCUUACCUAGUUCGAAUAUUACGAAUUUACUGGGACCUCAGUCAUUUGUCUCCGAAAAUAUGGGAUCUGAGUUUAGUUCUUUGAAUGAGUUUCUUUCAAUGUUGGAAGAACCAUUGCAAUUACCAUCAGAACCGCUUGUAACUAAUGGUUCUAUGGGUAACACUAUGACACAAGAUACGUACCAACCAAUACCGCAACAACAGCAACAACAACAACAACAACAACAACAACAACGAUACACUUCGGAAGUAGCAAGCCCGCCUUUAAUGCUUAUGUCAGGUACUACUUCAACAAUGGCAAGGUCACCAAAUCAAUAUUCCAAUGUACCACAAUCCUUAGCUCAACAGUUGCCAAAUAAUAGUAACAACAACAGACAAUUAUUAAACGACCAGGAACGACCACUAGAACCAAAUCAUCCUCAAACUUUACAUGAACCACCAAGACAACUUACAUUUGUAAAACCCACAGCUAAAGAACAAUUCUUCUUGACAGCAGCUGAUCCCAACACAGAAAUCACUCCCGAAGAGAAACUUAAAUCUGUGAUUAAUGCCAAAUUAAAGGCAGGAUUGCUGAAACCAUACAAUUAUGCAGCAGGUUAUACAAGGUUACAAGAUUAUAUGAAGGGACAUAUGUCUCAGGAAUCGCAAAGACGUAUUCUUUAUCCGUUGGACUCGAUUCGUCCUGCAUUCCGUAGUAUUGCGAAGUCUUUAAAGGACGUCGAUUUGGUGCUUGUAGAGGAAGGGUUCGAGAGAAUGUUAUUAAGUUACGAUAGGGUCUUCACCUCCAUGAGUAUGCCUGCGUGUCUAUGGCGACGUACAGGGGAGAUAUAUAGAGCCAACAAGGAGUUUGCCUCCUUGGUAGGUGUUACUGUGGAUGAUUUACGUGAUGGUAAAUUGGCGAUUUACGAAUUGAUGGGAGAACAUAGUACUGUCAACUUCUGGGAGAAAUACGGAUCCAUUGCAUUUGAUAAAGGUCAAAAAGCAGUGUUGACAAGUUGCACGCUUAUCGCCCGCGACGUUAAUAGACAAAGCCACAAUUGUUGUUUCAGUUUUACGAUACGUAGAGAUCGUUACAACAUUCCGAUCUGUAUAGUUGGUAAUUUCAUACCUGUGUCAAGGGACAAUUAA